CCGAGCCAUCAGGACGUUUUUUGAGGUGGUGUGUGUGUGCUCGGGUCCUCGUGGUGCGAGUUUUUCCAUACACCGUUGUUCAUUGGUUUUUGUUUUUUUUCGUUUCUUCGCAUAUUUUUUCACCCACCAUACUUAACGGGGGUUCAAAUAUUUGGGUACAUUUUAACUGACGUUUUGAACGAAUCGACCAACGAACUAUUAAGUCAAAGUGCUCGAAGUGCUACGCUCGUUGGAGAAAAACGAACUUUCCGCGGUGGAUCUUGAGAGACGCCUUUAUUUGUUGUCCCUCGUUCCAGUGAUUUCGUCAAGAUGGGCUCGUACGCGAUCGGCCAUGCUACUACCGGGCUUCUUGUGUUUCUCGCUCUUGCAACCGGAAUCCAAGCUGGUCUAUCGAGGAUAGCUUUCGAGAAACUAACGGAUUUCGAUUAUCGAGGCACCACGUACUACACCGUGAGAAACAUAUCGUUCUACGAGUGUCAAGGAUGGUGUCGCGAGGAGCCACAAUGCCAGGCAGCAGUGUUCUCAUUCGUGCCGAACCCUCUAGCACCGAUGCAGGAUACACUCUGCCAACUGCAGAACGAGACGACGUCGAAUAACCCUAACGUUCAGCCACAGAGGGCGGCCAACACUUAUUACAUGACCAAACUGCAGAUUCGUUCUGAAAAUGUUUGUCUGCGUCCUUGGGCGUUCGAAAGAAUACCAAACAAAAUGAUACGAGGAUUGGACAACGCGCUGGUUUACACGUCAUCGAAGGAGGCAUGUCUCGCAGCCUGCUUGAACGAACGUCGCUUCACUUGUCGCUCCGUUCGAUAUAAUUACGAUCUUAUGCAAUGUCAUCUCUGCGAUUCGGAUCGACGUACCACCGAUCAAUACGUCCAAUUGGUCGACGCUCAGGGCGUCGAUUAUUUCGAAAAUCUCUGUCUCAAAGGCUCGGAAGCGUGCAAAACUGAAAAAACCUUCGUAAAUCCACGAAUUGGAGUCGCCAAUGAGAAAAUUGCACAAUACGCCGGACUGCAUUAUUAUCCAGACAAAGAGAUCCAAGUUCCGACUGAAGACGACUGUAAAUCUGCGUGCGCGUCGGAGAACGAUUUCCUCUGCAGAUCGUACCUUUAUCGUGGAGUCCCAUUGGGCACCGCUCACAACUGUCAUCUUUUCCAUCUCGAUCAUUGGACUCUGCCCGACGGCCCAUCGACUUAUCUCAAUGCUGAGCGACCCCUCAUCGACAAUGGCGACAGGGUUGGAACUUACUCUGAGAAUUUGUGCGAAAAAUCUACCCAAUUGCCAGUCGUCGUCGAACAACCGAUCCACGAUCCUACGCUCAAUGAAUUCUCGAGGGACAAUGUUAAUUGUGACAAAACAGGCACUUGCUACGAUGUCACGGUGGACUGUAAAGACACCAGAAUCGCUGUCCAAGUGAAGACCAAUCAAGCAUUCAACGGUCGUAUUUAUGCUCUGGGUCGAUCCGAGACUUGUAACAUUGACGUUGUCAAUAGCGACCUUUUCAGACUGGACUUGACAAUGAGUGGUCAAGAUUGUAACACUCAGAGUGUGACUGGCGUAUACACGAAUACGGUCGUACUCCAGCAUCACUCGGUGGUGAUGACCAAAGCCGAUAAAAUUUACAAGGUCAAAUGCACUUACGACAUGUCCUCGAAAAAUAUUACCUUCGGAAUGAUUCCCAUCAGAGAUCCCGAGAUGAUAAGCAUUACCAGCGCCCCCGAAGCUCCGCCACCGAGAAUUCGCAUUCUCGAUAGUCACACGCGUGAAGUCGAGACUGUACGAAUCGGUGACAAACUCACUUUCCGAAUUGAAAUUCCCGAAGACACUCCCUACGGAAUAUUCGCUCGUAGCUGCGUAGCGAUGGCUAAAGACUCGAAGAGCACUUUCCAAAUCAUCGAUGACGAAGGUUGUCCUGUUGAUCCUUCCAUUUUCCCGAGUUUCACGCCCGACGGCAACGCACUUCAAUCUAUUUACGAAGCAUUCAGGUUCACGGAGUCUUACGGCGUGAUAUUCCAGUGCAACGUCAAGUACUGUCUCGGACCUUGCGAGCCGGCCGUGUGCGAAUGGGGCCGUGAGUCCGUCGAAUCGUUGGGCAAGAGGCGCAGAAGAAGCAUCGCCAACGGAACUGAAGGAAAGUCGGAGGACAUGACGCUCUCGCAGGAAAUUCUCGUUCUCGAUUUCGGCGAUGAAAAACAAUCGGAAUUCCUCAAGAGCGAUGCGAGCAUAGACUUCAACGAAGCUGACAAAACAGUCACCAUAAUCGAGCCCUGUCCCACGAAAACGUCGGUGUUAGCCUUAGGUGUGACAUGUGCCCUUCUAGUUCUCAUCUACGUAUCGACCAUAUUCUGUUACUACAUGAAAAAAUGGCUGACACCGCGUAAGAUGAUGGCUUAAAAAUUCUCUGCCAAUAAUCAGAGUCCAUUUUUGGGACUGGAAGAUUGCCAGAAGAGCAACGAGAGCUUCGACGCUCUGAUCGAUCGAAGGCAAUACAAGAAAAAACAUGAAAAAAAAAAGAAAAAAGUAAAAAAAGGACGAAGGACUGAAUUAGUGGACGCCAGAUAUUUUGCGGAAAAUAGUUCCGAAUUUUAUCUCGCACGAAUAAUCCAACGAGGAUCUUGUCCCUCGAUCUAAUAUUUUUUUUUUGUUUUUUUUUUUAUUUUUUUUUUAUAUAACUCCAUUCGUAUUCGCGAAUCCGACUUUUUUUGAGUAAGUUGCAAGGCUGAAGGUUCGAUUACUCGAUUAUCGAGGAGAGCCUCGAACGCUGCACCGAGAAUGAGCAAUGCUUUCAAAUUUUUGUAGCUUUGAUUUCAACAGUUUUUCAUAUCAGUAUCAAUGCUGGAUCCUUUUUCGAUAAAACUUUCAUUUCAUAACGCGAACGUAUCAACGUUUUCGGAUAAUUCGUACUUGAACGAUAAUUUGGAUCGUUUGAAAAAAUUAGACUCGAUUUAUGUCUCUAUUCGAUCACAAUUUAUGUUCGUUUGAAGAGAAAAAAAAAUUAUUUGACUCAUUCCCACAGCAAAUAUAGACUUGUAACUCACUUCAAGACUAGCGGUAUUUAAAGGUUCACGCUUGACUAACGUCUCUAAUCAUAAGGAGUCCUGCCCCCUCCCCCCCCCCCUCACUACCCCCUCCUCCGUGUCCUCCCUCCCUUCUCGAAAAUUCCUCGAUUAUCCUCAUAGCCCAUUCUCGUAGAUGUUAAGACAUGAAAGUAGGUUAGAUAAAAUCCAUAACGUUUAAGCGACAAUUAAGCUACUGCAACAUAUGAUGGCAUUUAAGAGAUAAUAAUAAUCAUAUCUUUGGGGGGCGUCAUGAGAAUACACAUUGAAAUACAUUUAAAAGAAAAACAAAAAACGACAUAGGAAUAGAUUCAUUAAUCGUAUUACGUAAAAAGAAAUCACCACGUGCUCACUUUGGCCCGACCAGAAAAAUAAAAAAGGAAUAAAAUAAAAACGAGCGUAUCCAGAAACGAAGAAACAAUUCCGAGAAGCCCGAUCGUUUCGUGCCCCGAAGGAAAUAAUUGUUCAGAUGUUCGAACUUGGCGAGAAUAAUUAUGUUGCGAGAUGCCCGAGCCUCUCGCGACUUCGGCGACUUUGACUUAUUCGAUCGAAUAAUAGCGAAUUAUUUAAUUUAUUUGAUUUUUCUAAAUUUUUUUUUUUUUUUUUUUUCGGUGUGAUGAUAUUUUCGUGAUACGAUUCGCCCGGAAACUAUGAGACUUCCUGCGAGAAGAGAGCAAAAAGAGCUUUUUAGUAGAAAACAAUUUCCGAGGGUUCAGUGUAUUGAAUGAGUGAAGAGAAUGUUGGCUGAUGGUCGGGCAAAAUUGAAAGAGAAAAAAAACGAUACGAGAUAAAGUUAGCUAAUGCUUAUUGAAAAUUGAGAUAAAAAGUAAUCAAAUUAGUGCAUCGGAUGGAGACGGAAAAAAGUAGCUCUUUUAGAAAGAGAGAAAAAAAUGUAUAUAUAUGAGAAAGAAACGAGAAUGAAAAAUGGAAAAACAAAAACAACGUGUACGAAUGGGCCUCUGAUAAGGAAGAGCCCACGUUCAUUAUCAUCACGAAAAUUACGAAAAAAAAAUAUACUCAUCCCGAUAUCACGCAUUAUAUUUGUAUUCUAAUUUAUGUAAUGUAUGUACUACAAUUGAAUGUUUUAUUAAUUAAAUGAUCAUCGAUUUUGAAUCAA